AUGUCUCUCUUUCUGGAUAUUCGUGUGGCUAUUGUAGAAUUAGUGUGUGCGGAACAUUUACAGCGCACCCUUUUAUCAUGUGAUGAAGCCACAUCUUUUCAGCGUAUUGUGAGUCAGGCAGUUGCGUGCCGUCGCGGCGAAUGGGGAUUUGAACAGUAUAAUCAUCAUUACAAUAGAAUAGAUGGGAUGAGGGAAUGUGAAAAGAUGGGAAUGGGUGAUACACCCUAUUCAUUGAUUAAACGAGAUGCAUUCAUGAGAAGGGAAGGAGAGUUACUUAAUAGAAUAGCAGCUGCCUCAAAAGAGAUUCGCCGCACUAGUUCUGUUCUCUACCCUAAUCCUGAACCUUCCUUUUGA